AUGCCUGCACAGUGGAUGUCUCUUCUGCUGCUCCUAUUGCAGAUGACUUGCUACUUCAGAUCUGGGAAUUGUGGGAAGGUGUUGGUAUGGCCAACGGAAUACAGUCACUGGCUGAAUCUAAACAUAAUACUGGAUGAACUUACAGAGAGGGGUCAUGAAGUGACUGUACUGAGACCUUCAGCCUCCAUCUUUCUUGAUCCCGAAAAGUCACCUGACCUGAAGUUUGAGAGUUUUCCUACAUCUCUCCGUAAAGAUGAUCUAGAUUUAGUUUUCCUAAAGGUUGUGAAUAUAUGGAUUUAUGAGUUACCAAGAGAUACAUGUUUAUCAUACUGGCCUUUACUAGACAAUUUGUUUGAGGAGUAUUCUAUUAGUUACCUAAGCCUUUGUAAAGAAACAGUUUCAAACAAACAGCUGAUGACAAAACUACAGAAAUCCAAGUUUGAUGUCCUUGUCUCGGAUGCCAUUGCUCCCUGUGGGGAGCUGAUAGCUGAACUGCUCCAAAUCCCUUUUCUUUACACUCUUCGCUUUACUCCUGGCUUCAAAGUAGAAAAGAACAGUGGAGGAUUUAUAGUCCCUCCCUCUUAUGUACCUAUAAUUUUGUCAGGAUUAGGAGGUCAAAUGACAUUCAUGGAGAGGGUAAGAAAUAUGAUAUGUAUGCUUUAUUUUGACUUUUGGUUCCAGUCACUAAAUGAGAAGAAAUGGGAUCAAUUUUACAGUGAAACUUUGGGAAGGCACACUACUUUAGCUGAGACAAUAGGCAAAGCAGAAAUGUGGCUCAUUCGCUCCUACUGGGAUUUGGAGUUUCCUCGCCCAACCUUACCAAAUGUUGACUAUGUAGGAGGACUCCACUGCAAACCUGCUAAACCCUUGCCUAAGGAAAUGGAAGACUUUGUCCAGAGUUCUGGAGAGCAUGGUGUUGUGGUGUUUUCUCUGGGGUCAAUGGUCAGCAACAUGACAGAAGCAAAGGCCAACACAGUUGCAUGGGCCCUUGCCCAGAUUCCACAAAAGGUUCUUUGGAGAUUUGAAGGCAAAACACCAGAUACCUUGGGACCCAAUACCAGAAUCUACAAAUGGCUCCCUCAGAAUGACCUUCUUGGUCAUCCAAAAACCAAAGCCUUUGUAACUCAUGGUGGAGCUAAUGGCAUCUAUGAAGCAAUUCAUUUUGGAAUCCCUAUGAUUGGGAUUCCUUUGUUUGGAGAACAACAUGAUAACAUUGCCCACAUGGUGGCCAAAGGAGCAGCUGUUGCAUUAAAUUUCAGAACAAUGACAAGAUUAGACUUGCUCAAUGCACUGGAGGCAGUUAUAGAUAAUCCUUCCUAUAAAGAGAAUGCUAUGUGGUUAUCAACCAUUCACAAUGACCAGCCCAUGAAGCCUCUGGACAGAGCCAUCUUCUGGAUUGAGUUUGUCAUGCGUCACAAAGGGGCCAAGCAUCUGAGGCCUCUUGCAUACAACCUCACUUGGUACCAGUACUACUCUCUGGAUGUGAUUGGAUUCCUACUGGCCUGUGUAGCAGUCAUAACUUUCCUUGCUGUAAAAUCCAGCUUAUUCAUUUAUCAAAAGUUGCUAAAGAUGGGAAAGAAGAUGAAGAACGAGUAGAGCUCUUUGAGAAUGUACUACAUAAACUAAAUUUCAGCAUUAUUCUAAUUUACAAACCAUCUUCUAAACAUUCAUUGAUUAAUUGAUCAAAGAAUAUAUUCUUUGGAUGGAGGAAAGGCAAGGAGGAAUAAUAAAAUUAUAUUACAGUCUCAAAAAUGAAAGACAUAAUAAAAAGAAAAAGGAUAAACUAGCUGUAAGGAACAAUCUAGUUAACAGAGUUUCUUCCCUGUAACUGUCUCAGUCCUGUUUCCUGAUUCCUUCCUUUAACUGCUGACCUAUAUUUCCUCAAAAGUGUACAGAGAGCUAUGGUAUGAAAUAAAUCCUUACCUUAAAACUCAAACAAAGGGGGGUCCUGGAUCUGGGUCAGGGCAGGCAAAGCCAGUCAUAAAUUCUAUUACAGUACCAAAGUACAGAUCAUAUUUUGGGAGACCAUAAGAUAGUGUGUCAUAAAACCACAAUCUGUGGCCAUUUAAUCAAGUUAAGUAUGUUAUAAUUGAUAAAAGUAUUUUGAUUUAACAUUGGACAUUGCAUUUUAACAGAUUUUGAAAGUAAACAAGCUAUUAGACCAAUGUGUCUAGAGCUAACUGAUGAAUUUUGUUGAAUCAUGUUAAUAGAUACUAACCUUUAGAAUACCACCCUAGAGGUGCGAUAAGAUUUAAUACCUGGCCGGGCGGUGGUGGCGCACACGUUUAACCCCAGCACUCGGGAGGCAGAGGCAAGCAGAUCUCUAUGAGUUCGAGGCCGGGUUGGACCGACAGCCUCCAAAACA